AUGCCACUUUGCAACGUUCAAGCAAUGCCAGGAGUGGGUCAAGCGUCUGAACCGGGCCAUCGCUCACCCGGCGCGGCUGGAGGACCUGUUCGCCCUGGCGUAUCACGCCUGGUGUCUGGGAGGCAGCGCUGAUGACGAGGACCAGCACGUUCAUCUCUGUCGCCCAGGUGAUCACGUGCGUCAGAGGAUGGAGAUGGAGGUGAAGAGGAUGGGCUUCGACACGCAGAACGUCUGGAGAGUGUCCGACAUAAACUGCAACUUCAAGUAUGUCACAGAUAAACAGGGUUCAUACACAGUUUUACCAGCACAUUUGCAGGACAUUUCCAGGACUUUUUAA